GAGACCCCGCCCACCAAGCAUGUGAUACAACAAGGAAGUUAGGACGUAACGUUGUGUUUGACCAAAGUGUAUCUUUUAACUACGUUUAAACCUCUUUAAUAACAUAUGAUACAGUAACAGGGUGUUGAGAUUUAACCCUUUAUCCUCCUGACUGCGUCACCACACACACAUGAACAGGGACUAACUGAGAGCCGUCCUCUGUGUGCUCUCAUGUCCAUGCACCGUCCUGCUGGCAGGGCAAAAUGUUGUUUUCAUCGCUGCUGAUUUCUUCUUUAACCUUUCUGUUUCCUCUUGGACAAACAUCACGUCCUCUCGUUAUCAACACCUGGCCGUUCAAGGACGCGACGGCUGCAGCGUGGAGUGUCCUGCAGUCCGGAGGCUCCGUGUUGGACGCGGUGGAGAAAGGCUGCGCCCGCUGUGAGAGCGAGCAGUGCGAUGGCAGCGUGGGUUAUGGUGGGAGUCCAGACGAGUCCGGAGAGACAACACUGGACGCGAUGAUCAUGAACGGGGACACGAUGGAGGCGGGUUCAGUGGCAAAUCUGAGAAGAAUCAAGAACGCCAUCGGAGUAGCGCGAGCUGUGAUGGAGCACACCGAGCACACGCUGCUGGUCGGAGAGUCAGCGUCUGUGUUUGCUGAAAACAUGGGCUUCACCGCAGAAGACCUGACUACCAACAAAUCCAUGAAUAUUUUCUCACAGUGGCUGAAGGGCAACUGCCAACCUAAUUAUCGGAAGAACAUGUUUCCAGAUCCUUCCACAUCGUGCGGACCCUACAAGCCCAGAGCGAUGCUGCGCCAGAGCAAGAGGCCACAGCACGCCAAUACGCGCUCCCAUGACACCAUCGGGAUGAUUGCUCUGGACCAAAACGGCCACAUGGCUGUUGGAACAUCAACCAACGGACUGACGCACAAAGUUCCCGGUCGUGUUGGGGACUCUCCCAUCGUCGGAGCCGGGGGCUACGCUGACAGCUCAGUGGGCGGUGCCGCUGCUACAGGAGACGGAGACGUCAUGAUGCGCUUUCUGCCAAGUUACUUGGCCGUGGAGCUGAUGAGGGCCGGGGCAGAUCCCUCGGCAGCCUGCAAGACGGCCAUUUCCAGAAUCAAGAGGCAUUACUCCGAGUUCUUUGGAGCCAUCAUCUGUGCUAACACAACGGGCCAUUAUGGUGCAGCCUGCAACAAAGUCGGCGGCUUCAACCAGUUCCACUUCAUGGUGUCCGACUCCGACACACCGCUCCUCAAAUCCGUCGACUGCUUCUAAACGAUGCGUGAUUUGCAUUCCCUUUUUAAACCCUCAAUGACAAUUCCUGUGAUUAUUUAUGUUCAGUAUUCUCAUUUUAAUUCAUAAAUAAAAUCCUGUUUCCACU